GGUGUUCCCCUCUCCUUCGUUCUCAUAGCAGCUCUCUACCCAAAACACAGAACAGAGUAAUGGCCCUCCCUCACCUCUCGAGUCUCCUUCGCCCCUGCUACUCCUUGAUCACCAUCAUCUUGUUCAUCCAUGCACCCCUUGCCGCCUCGGUUUCCUUCAACUUGGACUUCUCCACCAGCGACUACGCCUCGGAGCUCAAUUACAGCAACGACUCCUACUGGGCUAAGCCUGUGAUCGAGCUGACCAAGGAUGCCGGCGGCAGCGUCGGCCGGGUGUGGUACGCGCGCCCGGUGCCGCUCUGGGACCGCGCCACGCGCGAGCUGGCCAGCUUCAACACCACAUUCUCCUUCCAGAUCAAGUCGGUCAACGAGACCCGCGCGCCGGGCGACGGGAUGGCUUUCUUCCUAAGCUAUUUCCCGUCGGUGACUCCCCCGGACAGCGCCGGGGGCACCCUGGGGCUCAUAGGCGGCCGCUUCAACAACGCGACCGUCUCCGGCGACGAGCGGUUCGUGGCGGUCGAGUUCGACACUCACUCCAACAACAGAGACUGGGAGAGCGACAACCACGUCGGCAUCGACGUCAACUCCAUCGUCUCCAAGGCGUCCAAGGACACGUACCAGGCUGGUAGAGACCUGUCCUCCGGCCUCCCGAUGGAAGCCAGGGUGACCUACCGCAGCGACACAUUGCUGCUGUCGGUCGACCUCCAGAUCGGCGACACCCCAUACCACGUCAGCACCGACGUCGACCUGAGAGAGUCCUUGCCGGAGGCCGUCGCGGUAGGCUUCUCUGCGGCCACGGGCAGCUUUGUCGAGCUGCAUCAGCUGCUGUCCUGGUCAUUCAGCUCCGAUCUGGAGGCAUCGUCCCCGCCCCCAAGGACGGUGAAUGCGUCUGCAGCACCCAGCCAAUCCCCCGGCGGAGGCGGAGCAAAAGCCCCCAACAAAAACAAGCUCCGUGUCCGUGCGGAAACGCUCGCGCUUGCUACGGUGACAGGGCUUCUAUGCCUUCUCUUGCUACUGAUCCUUGCCCGUAAGCUCAAUAUGGUUUCGCUCUGGUGCGAGAAGCGAGCAAGGAAGAGGCUGGGCCACGGCCCCAGGAGGUACCAGUACAGCGAGCUGGCCAAGGCCACGAACAAAUUUGAUGAGCAGCGGAAGCUCGGCGUAGGGGGCUCCAGCGAAGUUUACCUUGGUGAUGAAUGCGGCCGCCGUUUCGCGGUGAAGAAGCUGAUCUCCGCCGUCAGAAUGACAGAUGCGGAAGCCCAGAGGAGGAGGAUAGAGUUCGAAGCGGAAGUGGACAUCAUAAGCAGGUUAAGGCACAAGAAUCUUGUCCGUUUAUUGGGGUGGUGCGACAGCAGCAACGGGCUCCUCCUUGUUUAUGAGCUCAUCUCUGGAGGUAGCCUCGACAAGCAUCUCUACAGCACUGAGACGUCUCUUAGUUGGAAUGACAGGUUCAGGAUCAUCAUCGGUCUUGGGAAGGCACUAGUGUACCUACACGGAGAACAUAGUGGCACCAAAUAUGUGGUGCACGGUGACAUCAAGCCAAGCAACAUAAUGGUCGACGAGGGGCUCAACGCCAAGCUUGGAGACUUCGGGCUCGCCCGCCGCCUCGACCACGGUGCCGCGGCGCAAACAACAGAAACUGUCAUGGGAACGAAAGGAUAUAUCGAACCGGAGUUUAUGGAGACCGGCAAGAGGUGCGUCGAGUCCGAUGUCUACAGCUUUGGCAUUGUCCUGCUGGAGAUGGUCACCGGCUUUGGACCAUGGAGGCGGCCACUGCCAUCCUGGGUGUGGGAGCUGUAUGCAGGCCAGAACACGAGAGUUCUUGAGGCCGCCAGCGCAACGCUGAGGUCCGAGUCCAACGACAGGCAGAUGGAGCGCGUGCUCGUCGUCGGCCUCUGGUGCACGCAGCCGGCUCGGAGCGAGCGGCCGUCCAUGGCGCACGCCAUGUGGGUACUGGAGCACGCGGAGGCGCCGUUACCAGUUCUUCGUCCUAGCCACGGCCACCUGACAUUGCUGGGAGGACUACUCGGCGAGUCUCCGGAACAUAGGCGAGUGACGGCGCCACUUCUCGGCGAGUUGUCCCGAGUUCAAUCGCAGAUGUACUCCAAUACUGCGCCGGCGGCCAUCGCCACCGGCGAACAGGGCCUCGUACGGCAAUGCUGUGACCGCAGUCACAGCAUCGAGCAGGGUUCAUACAUUGUCGGCGGGUAACUGUACCAGCUACGCCACAUGUUCCACCGGAACUCUGGCGACUACAUCUCUCGGGAGUUGCUGAUGUUCGGCUCAGUCUGCUUCUUCUUACCUUCCAGCUUGAUUUGAGGACGGGAUUACAUCUCCUUGAUUUCCGGACGAAUCAGAACCAGUGGUGGUGGCAACGACGAUGUCUUCGUGCACUACAUGCAUCUUUGUACUUGGAUAAUGGAUAUGCACCUCUGAUUUGAAACUGGGCUAGCU